CUGUGCUUGCUUCCUCGGCGGUGUCCCACGCUGCUCGCACGCUGUGCGGGGCAACAUGGCGGACACGGAAGUGUAUAUUGUGCCGAAGAAACAUAAGAAGAAAAAGGAGAGGAAGUCGUUAGCAGAAGAAGAUGUAGCAGAGAUACAACACGCUGAGGAAUUUCUUAUCAAACCUGAAUCCAAGGCGGCUCAGUUGGACACAUCUCAAUGGCCCCUGUUGCUCAAGAAUUUCGAUAAGCUAAAUGUAAGGACAACACACUAUACACCUCUUCCUUGUGGAUCAAAUCCUCUGAAGAGAGAGAUUGGGGACUAUAUCAGGACAGGUUUCAUUAAUCUUGAUAAGCCCUCCAACCCCUCUUCCCAUGAGGUGGUAGCGUGGAUCCGACGAAUACUUCGGGUGGAGAAGACAGGACACAGUGGUACUCUGGAUCCCAAGGUGACUGGCUGUUUAAUCGUGUGCAUAGAACGAGCCACUCGCUUGGUGAAAUCCCAACAGAGUGCAGGCAAAGAGUAUGUGGGAAUUGUCCGGCUACACAAUGCUAUUGAAGGGGGGACUCAACUUUCUAGGGCCCUAGAAACUCUGACAGGUGCCUUAUUCCAGCGACCCCCACUUAUUGCUGCAGUAAAGAGGCAGCUCCGAGUUCGGACCAUAUACGAGAGCAAGAUGAUCGAGUAUGAUCCGGAAAGAAGAUUAGGAAUCUUCUGGGUGAGUUGUGAGGCCGGCACGUAUAUUCGGACACUGUGUGUGCACCUGGGUUUGUUGUUGGGAGUUGGCGGUCAGAUGCAGGAACUUCGGCGGGUGCGUUCUGGAGUCAUGAGUGAAAAGGACCAUAUGGUGACGAUGCACGAUGUGCUUGAUGCCCAGUGGCUGUAUGACAACCACAAGGAUGAGAGUUACCUGCGGCGGGUUGUUUACCCUUUAGAAAAGCUCUUGACAUCUCACAAACGGCUGGUGAUGAAAGACAGCGCGGUGAAUGCAAUCUGCUAUGGGGCAAAGAUCAUGCUUCCGGGAGUUCUCCGAUACGAGGAUGGCAUCGAAGUCAACCAGGAGAUCGUGGUCAUCACCACCAAAGGGGAAGCGAUCUGCAUGGCUAUUGCAUUAAUGACCACAGCAGUGAUCUCUACCUGUGACCAUGGUAUAGUAGCCAAGAUCAAGAGAGUGAUCAUGGAGAGAGAUACUUAUCCUCGGAAGUGGGGUUUAGGUCCAAAGGCAAGUCAGAAGAAGUUGAUGAUCAAGCAGGGCCUCCUGGAUAAGCAUGGCAAGCCCACGGACAGCACACCUGUCGCCUGGACGCAGGAGUACGUGGACUACAGUGACUCUGCCAAGAGAGAGGUGGCGGCCAAGGCAGCAAAAGCCCCGCAGGAAGUUGUUGAAGUGGUAAAAACCCCAAAACGGAAGCGAGAGAGUGAAAGUGACGAGACGUCACCACAGCUGGUCAAGAAAGAAAAGAAGAAGAAGAAGGAUAAGAAGGCCAAAGCUGGUGUAGACAGUGCGGACGAUCCGGGAGAUGGGGACAGUGACGCCAGCAAGAAGAAGAAGAAGAAGAAGAAAAUCAAAGUGGAAGUGGUUUCUGAGUAG